UCUCCCGCCGGCAGCUUGGCUCCUCGCUGGGCUCCGGGAGAUGGGCAGCUGGCGGCCUCGGCUGCGGAGCUCCGCGCGUGGCCAGCGCUGCCCUGCUCCUGCCCGCUGACUGAGCCGCUGACCGGCUGGCUUCCCCGCCGGCGGCGAUGAAAUUCCCGGGCUCGGUGCUGGUGUCGCUCUUCCUCUUCGUGGCCGAGACGGCGCUGGCGCUGUACCUGAGCAGCACCUACCGCUCGGCGGGCGACCGCAUCUGGCAGUCGCUGACGCUGCUCUUCGCGCUGCUGCCCUGCGUGCUGGUCCAGUUCAGCCUCGUCUUCAUCCACCGAGACCUCAGCAAGGACAGGCCGCUCGUGCUGCUCCUGCACAUCCUGCAGCUGGGACCCCUCGUCAGGUGCGUGGAGGUUUUCUAUAUUUACUUUCACGCAGGCAGAAUAGAGGAGCCUUAUGUCAGCAUCACCAAGAAGAGGCAGAUGCCAAAAUAUGGACAUUCGGAAGAAGUUGAGAAGGAAGUGGGCCAAGCUGAGGGCAAGCUGUUUACACAUAGAUCUGCCUUUAGUCGGGCAUCGGUGAUCCAAGCUUUCCUAGGCUCUGCACCGCAGCUGACGCUUCAGCUGUACAUAUGUGUCCUCCAGCAGGAGAUGACGGCAGCCAGAAGCAUCUUCAUGGUCCUUUCUCUCCUGUCAAUCGUCUAUGGAGCACUGCGAUGCAACAUCCUGGCCAUUAAGAUUAAGUAUGACGAUUACGACAUCAGCGUGAAGCCUGCUGCCUACCUCUGCAUCUUCCUCUGGAGAAGCUUUGAGAUUGCCACUCGGGUGAUAGUCCUGGUCCUCUUCAGCUCUGUCCUUCAAAUCUGGAUCCUCCCAGUGGUGCUAGUGAAUUUCUUUGCUUUUUUCUUUCACCCGUGGAUUCUCUUCUGGCAAAGUAAGUGCACUUUGCCGGAAAAUAUAGAGAAGGCUUUGAGCAAAGUGGGCACUGCCAUUGUCUUGUGCCUUCUCACUUUCCUGUAUGCCGGUAUUAAUAUGUUUUGCUGGUCAGCUGUGCAGCUGAAGUUGAAUGAUUCUGACUUAAUUGACAAAUCCCAAAACUGGUACAGGCUGGCUUUAUAUUACAUUGUGAGGUUCCUUGAGAAUGCUUUUCUCUUGCUGAUGUGGUAUAUGUACAAGACUGAUGUCUACACGUAUGUAUGUGCCCCUUUGCUGGUCUUACAGUUGCUGAUUGGCUAUUGCAUAGCUGUUCUUUUUAUGCUCGUGUUCUACCAGUUUUGCCACCCGUGCAAAAAACUUUUCUCCUCCAAUAUUUCAGAAGGAUUGGCACUGUGUUUCAAGUUGUUUUGCUAUGUAUGCAAACCUCUUGCAUCCAGCAACUCUGGGGAAAAGGCAGACUUGAAGACCCCAGACGACACUGUUGACGAUGCCCAGGACAGCUGCAAGGCAAAUGAAUCCUAUAAUGGAAAUGCCCACCAAAGUGUUUCGUCCAAUGCCUAGAACUGCUGUCAAGGAGCCACCGCUCUCAAGACUUGCUUAUUUUAGCCCCUGGGUCUGGAAACCUUUCUGGGAAACUUCCCAAUGGUGGGCGGGUCCAGAGGAAAAAGUGGGUGGAGCAGCAAAUGUAAAUUUUACCUUUGUACAGUAGGCUAGUUUCUUCACAUACUCCUCUCUCCUUCCUAAAUCCAGGCAAGAAAGAGGCACAAUCAGAGUUCAAGGGCACAUUCCUGCCAAGCAAAAACAUUCAAGGUGGGUGUGACUUGGGAUGGUGUGUGGCUUGGGGAGAGUCCCAAAUUUCAGGCAGAGAGACCUGGAGGGCCACAUAUUUGGGCCUCAGGUUCCCACCCCUGGUUUGGGUGGUUUAGAAAGAAGGAUGCACUCUGAUUAUCCCUCUGACCGCCAUGGCAGGAGGCACAUUUAAGUCCUAGCAUUGCAAUGCUGGUAUGGUAGUUCAGUGAGUGUGAAGAUACUUGGGAUUUUAACUGUUGGAAACAGACAGCACCCCUUUAUGGAUGGGAUGCUCCACUGCAUCUUGACUUUAGAUCAGGGAUUUGUAACCAUUGUCCGGGUGGACCUCUGCAAGCCAUGAAACAAAAGGCAAGGCAAUGACAAAGUGGCUGACUCAAGGAACUUCUUAUUUCAUGCAAGGACCGAAAUCGAUCAGUGAAAAGGAGCAUUCAAAACCUCACAGGUUAACAAUGUGCUUUAAAGCUUUAUACAAACUGGGCUCCUUCACCUGCCACCGAGUGCCGAAUUUAUCUAGGUUACAUAUGACAUGAUCUCAUCCUGACUGCGUGCAUUGGAACUGGGAGCUUCUGAAUCCAUAAUGGAAAGUGAUAAAAUAACUUGCUGCUGAUUCAGGUCUUGGCCCCGUCCCGUCAAUUUUCCCUUGAAAGUGCCACAAGUGUUGAUUCUCUCCAAACAGCUUAAACACUUGGUUUUUAGGUUUGCUUCUAUUGUUGGAUUCUGAUUGUCUUGGUCAAUUACAUUUCUGCUUUGUAUGAUGCUAAGAAAGCUUUGGUGAAUGUAGCAGUAGUUAAGGAAGCAUUUAGUCUGAAAAUUUUAGCAAUGUCUUGAAGUUGAUAUCCACUCUUUUACAUGAAUAUUUCCAAAUGUUUCCAUUAAGUCAAACCUAUUGCUAUUACUGAAAAUGGGGGUGGGGGACUAUUCACUAGAAUUAUUACAUUAAAGUGAUUAGGUCUCCAAAACAGUGGCCAGGUUGGCAGAGUGGAUUUGGACGUUGAGCAUGGGAGGACCUGAUCCAAAAGCCAGUGAGCUGCAAAAGUCAUUAGGCGGGUUUUGAACAAAUAAUUAUAUUUGACAGUUUACUGGGUUUACAUCUUGCCUUUCUUCUAAAUUUCUCAAAGUGGUGAUUUGUAGGCUGGUCCUAUGUAUGUUUACUUGGAAGUAAGUCUUAUUUUGUUCAAUGAGGCUUACUCCCAGGAAAGUGUACUCCCAAGAGAGAACUGAAGUCUUAACCUCCCAAUAAUUUUGACUGGUCAAGAGUAUCUUUUCCAAGGCCAGGAUCAGUCCGACUCCCAAGAUCAAUACUCUACUUACCCCACAAGGUUACUGUGAGGAUAAAUGAAGUAAGAAUUGUAAAGCAACUUAAUACACCGAACCACUUCUAUAGAAAUGUUUAAAUAAUAUUUAAAAUUACCUUCGCCACCACACUGCUGACAAUAGUUGGCACCAUGGUAGCUGAAAUCCAUGGUGCAAUUAGCUGGUACAAGGUGGAGUCAUCCUUUCUUGCUUCUGGUUUUUAUUGAAACACAAAUAAAAAAGUGCUGGCUUUUGCCCAGUUCUACAAUCGAGCAGUAUAUAAAUUUUAUAAAAUGAAUUAAGUGUGUUUGAACAGUGCAGCCAUGUAACAGCAGGAUCAGGGGGCAAGUUUUAGCGUGAAUUAGCAUGACAAAUGUGUAUCUUUAUCUUUUUAUACAAAAUAUAAUACGGUCACCUUAUCUGUGCACAUGUAGCAAACUCCUCCUCCUUGAUAUUCUUAUUUUUAAAAAAGAAAAAGAAAUAACACCUGGUGGUUAUUGUUUUAUAUCUGGAAAGCUGAUUUGUUCCCAGAAUAAAAUAAUUAGUCUCUGAAGAGAAAAUGCUGUAUGGGUGUUUGUAAUUUACCUUCUUUGAGUUUUGAGUUGGGAGGGGAGGGCAGCGCAUCACUUGGAACGCAGAAUGUUAUGGUCAGUAGGAGAAGUUAGUUGAGCAUGGAUUGGCAGUUAUUUAUAAUUUUUACUUCCUUAUUUUAUUUAUUUAUACAAGUAUUCCUAUACUGGCCUUAUAGCCUGCCCAUUGUCAAAUGAUCCUAGAGUGGGUUACAAAAAUGUCACAAUUAAAACAAGCGCAAAGCCAGAAAACCAGUAAACCAACCAAUAUCAAAACAGCAGCACAGAACAGCAAUGCAAGGGGAGGGAAUAUAUCCACUAAACCAAAAGGUCUGAGUAAAUGGAUGUGCCUUGACCAGUAGUUGAAAGACAUACAAUGAUGGCACAAGAUACACCUUGGAGAGAGUGGCAUUCUUCUACUUGGGGGACCAUCACAUGGAAGGCUGUCUCAUACUCCACUGCCCAGAAGGUGGUGGCGCUACCAGCUAUCCCCCUCCUGUUCUCCCUAGGCAGGGUGAUGGAGGAGGAGGUGCUCCUUCAGAUAUUUGGGCCCCCCCAAGUUGUUUAGGACUUUAUAUGGCAGUAUUCAGACCUUGGUAGCAAACUGGCAAUGAAUUUUGUCAGUUGGAGAAGGAGAAAGGAACAAGGAUUGGCUGGGAAGCAAUGGGUUUAGAAGAUUUCUAGUGCUUAUCACAUUCAUCUUAGAUCUCAUUUUACUAUGGAUUUGUUUUAGCACUAAUCUGAAGCACACUUUAAGCACCAUGUGACUGUGGCACAGUUAAUUCAAUUUUAUUAUAUUUUUGGCCAAGAAAUUAAUGUAUCAAACAUAACACCUGAGACCGCAUCUCUGAGAAUAUUUAACCAUGUUAGGGGGCUUAAAUAAUCUUCAUGCCUCAGUGCUGUAUUUAAGUGAAUAUCUGAUAGUUGUUAAAAUCGAAGGGAAAGUAAAAGAGAUAAAUUUGUAAGAAUUCUGGCUAGCACAGAUUUUUAUCUUCACAUUAGAAACCAAGAGCAUUUGUAAGCAAGAGUAUCAUACACACAAGUUAUGUACCUCAAUUUCAAUUAGGUCUGCUUCAUAAAUGGGGCUUUUCCUAUGCUUGGAUCAUCUUUAAGUAGAAAAACUGUUGCAUAUGAAAUGCUCAAGACUCUGAAAUAGGAGGUACUGAGGGUCAAACAGGUGAGUCAUUCAUGUCAAGAUGUGUUUGGCCAAUGUGCUUUGUGUUUUCCUGUUGCACUGGUCAGAUUUUUUUUACUGGUUCAAUCUGACACCAAGAUUUGAACAUAAUACCAACCCAUAAGUUGGUUCUAUGAGGUCAAGCCUGGAUGAAGUCUCAGACUUGUGUGCUCCGUCCUUCCCUCCCCUACUCACUAACUGGUUACUAACUGGUUUUCAGCAAUCCAUCAUUUGGCAUCAUAUUCAUGCCAGCAUACUGUGGUUUGUACUUGGCCAUCUAAACCUAUCACAGGCCUCCUCUUGGGAUUCAAGAAUCAUAUAAAUAAAUAGAAAUUCCAAGUUAUAAAGCACAAGAGUUAAAAAUCAGUGCUUUAUUCAGUGAGUGACAUUAUCAUGAAGAGUGAUGGUAAAUAUUAAGCCUGACUUCUCCAUAUAGCUUUUCAUAAUGUUAACACUAUAAAAACAAAAAUCCAAAGGUUAUGUGUUACAUCUAUGCCUCUCAUACCUCAAUCUCCUAGGCUGACAGAAACAAAUUGAAUUUAAGGAGCUAAAGGCCAACGAGAAACACACUCCUCAGUAAUCAAAAUGCAGUUUCAAGCUUCCCGAAGGCUACAAUGAAGCUUAAUUGAAGAAUAAUUGCUUUACAGGAGUCCAAAUUUAGGCACUGCACCAUCUUAAUGUUUUUUUUUUGGGGGGGGAUUAGUGUCUUUACAGCAACAUCACAAGAACAGGUAUAAUAAUCUCCAGUUCACAGAUCUCCAACUAAAUGUGACAUUUAGUUAUACAAACAACAGAAGCUUGUAAAGCAAAGUCCAAGGUAAUUUUAAGCAAAUAAGGUUUCCCUGCCAAUGGGCUGUUGCUGUCACAUGGCAACUGUGAGUUGUGCUCUGAGUCUGGAAACAAAAAAAUAUACUAUAUGCUUUAUUCAAAAUGUUUAAAAUCUGCUUUCCCCCAUAAGUCCCAGUGUUAGA